UCGCCACCCUCCCUCCCUCCCACCUCACACGCCGAUCAGUACCCACCCGUGUCGCUGCCGCCGCGUACUGUGCGUGUCAGCUUGUCUACUGGCUUGUCAAUCGUGUCCAUCUCCGGGUGUGAACCUUUCGCCGGUGGGCGCGCGCAUGGCGCUGGAGGCCGUGGUGUUGGCGCAAGGCCACUUCGGCUACGGCCUGCAGGCUCCGGGGCUCGCGCCCUGGUGCGACAUGCUGGGCGCCGGCGGUUUCCUGGAGGACGACUGGGAUCAGCAGCUUUUGGCCGCCCCCGUGGCGCCCAAUGCCGAGGAUCAGUGGGAGCCGGUCUCCAGCUGGGACCAGUCCGAGGCGUCCUCGGAGGGCAAGGCGGCGGCGCCGCCGGAGCCGGCCACGGCAGCGGCGGCGACGGGAAGGAGGAAGCGGAGGCGCGCCAAGAUCGUCAAGAACAAGGAGGAGGUGGAGAGCCAGCGGAGGACCCACAUUGCCGUCGAGCGCAACCGUCGCCGACAGAUGAACGAGUACCUCGCCGCGCUCCGCUUGAUCAUGCCGCAAUCCUACGCUCAAAGGGGCGACCAAGCAUCCAUCGUUGGAGGGGCAAUCAACUACGUGAAGGAGCUGGAGCAGCUCCUCCAAUCGCUCGAAGUCCAGAAGAGUGUCAAGAACCGCACUGGCCGAUCCCCUUUCGCCAGCUCCUUCACCUUCCCACAGUACUCCGCCUCGUGUAACAUCACGCAGGCCACCACCGCCAGCGACGCCGGCUCCGGUGCCGAUUCGAGCGGCAUCAAGAGCGAGGCCGGCGUGGCCGACAUCGAGGUCACCAUGGUGGAAGGCCACGCCAGCCUCAAGGUGUUGGCCCGGCGGCGGCCGAAGCAGCUGCUGAGGCUUGUCGCCGGGCUGCAGCAGCUGCGCAUCCCGGCGCUCCACCUCAACGUCACCACCGUCGACGCCAUGGUCUUGUAUUCCUUCAGCCUUAAGGUGAUGGAGACAAAUCGACGGAUCGAGCGGGGCAGCCAGAGGCGCCGUGGUGGAGGAUGGAUCCAAGCUGGGCUCUGUGGAGGAUAUUGCGGCCGCUGUGCAUGAGAUCCUGGGCAGGAUACAGCGGGAGGAGGAGGAGGCUGGUCGACUCAGCAGCUCGAGCUGAUGCUGAUGGCUGAUCGAUGCCACGGAGGAGACCGUCGUGCAUGCCUGUGACGCCCGCACACUGCACUGCUCCCUGCAUCUGUGCAUGCGUCGUGUACCUGCCACGUCCUCGAAAAUGGAACCCAUUCUACUCUAGCUUUGUAUGUGAAAAUUCCACUCUAGCUUUGUAUGUGAAAAUGUGAAUGCGACUGCUGUACCGUGCAUGCAACCCUUGCCCUGUCCAGGGCGAGGACGAAAAAAAAUAGUAGGACAAGAUAAAAGCAUCUACAUCCCCAUAUAUAUGUUAAAUAUGAGUCUCGUAUGUCCGCGGACAUACUCGGACGACGCCUCGAUA